AUGGAGAAUAUUGGGGAAAUCAGUGAAGAACUCUGGCAGGACUGUAUCACCGUCUUCCAGCAGAAUGACAUGUGCUCUGAUGUGGCCGUUGUCACCAAUGGCCCACCGUGGGUAUUAGCUUCUUAUCCUCGAGGAAACUUGGUCAAUAUGACCCCGGAAGAAAUUCAGAUCUUAGUGCGCCAAGAAGAAAGGGAAAAAUUUUUCAUGCAGGGAAUUACGCUUGCUGGAAUCAAAUGCCUGCUGAUCCGAGACAAUCUGUACUUGGAGGGAACCAACACCAUGGAUCUGCGUACCAAAAGUCAGAGUCGAGCCAGCCAGGCUGUGACAAUAAUUCAGAUUGAAUCAGUGUAUCUUGUUGUGAUUGGCCAGAAAGGCGCAGAAGGUGGACCGCUCAAUCUCAAAGCUUUUGAGAUGGCAAACUAUAUCCGAGAAGCUGUUCUUCACCACACAACCGCUAUUUAA